AUGGUCAUGAAUUGUUCUAAGAAUUUUACUUUGAAUCAAUUAUCAUUAUCACUGAUAGCAUAUUGUUGGAUUUUUUCUCCCAUUUCUUUUAACCAAUCUUCUGCAUUGUCAUGUAUAUAA